CAGAAAAUUUUCAAACUAUACCUAUUCAAUAUUUGAAACUUUUUAUAUCAAAUGACAAUUUAGAUAUAAAAGAAACUGAAAUUCUUGAAAAAGUAAUUUUAUGGUUAAACGGCAGGGAUUUGAAAGAUUUGAAUGAAUACUAUAAUAUAUUAUUAAAAUAUAUUCGCUUCGAUCAAAUAACUAAUGAUGGUUUUAAAACGUUGUAUGUGAAUUUAAAAGAAGAAAGUAUUAACCCAGCCAUUUUAAAAGUAGUUGGUACUUUUUCGAAUUUAAAAGAUAAGAAAAAUUUUAUUCGUUAUGGCAAUAUAAAUAUCGACUCAAAGAUCAUACGAAAAGAACAACUCAUAAAGUUAAUGCAGUGGAUUGAUAGACAAGGUACAACAAAUUACAGGCACAACUUUAGUUUAUUAUUAAGAAAAAAUGUAAUCAAAGCUGAGCAAUUACACAGUUCUUGCAAUAAUAAAGGUGCUACAAUCGUGAUUGGAAAGUUAAAAAAUGAAGAUAGCUUUAUUGGAGGUUAUAACCCUUUAAAUUGGUCAAUGGAAACUUAUAAAGGAACAAAUGAUAGUUUUAUAUUUACCGGUAGUAGUAAAGAUAAAAAUAUGCGAUUAGGUAGGGUUAAAUCAAAUUAUGCCUUCACAGCAAUCUCCUGUCGUCCAGAAGGCACUCAAUUUGGUUAUUAUGAUUUAUAUAUUCCAUACAACAAUAACUGGCAAGUUAAAAAUAACAGAAACUAUUAUGAAAGUAUAGGACUUGAUGAGAAAAAUUAUUUAAUCGAUUACUUUGAAGUAUUUCAGAUUAUUAAAUAUAGAUAA